AUCGCCUUUCUGUUGGUCUCUUUCGUUUUCCUAGUCAAGUCGCGAAGUAGUGGCAUUUUGGCGACUGCUGCACUGGGACUCUGUGGACCAUGGCUACUGAGGGCAAGGUCAUCAAAUGUAAAGCAGCCAUAGCCUGGGAGGCUGGGAAACCCCUUUCCAUUGAAGAAGUGGAAGUUGCACCACCAAAGGCCCAUGAAGUCCGCAUCAAGAUCGUGUCUACGGCUGUAUGCCAUACCGAUGCCUAUACUCUCAGUGGAGCUGACCCAGAAGGCAGUUUUCCCGUGAUAUUGGGGCAUGAAGGAGCUGGAAUAGUGGAAAGUGUAGGAGAAGGUGUUACUAGAGUUAAAGCAGGCGAUAAAGUUAUUCCUCUGUAUAUUCCACAAUGUGGGGAAUGCAAGUUUUGCUUGAAUCCUAAAACCAAUCUCUGCCAAAAGAUAAGAGUCACCCAAGGUCAGGGAUUAAUGCCUGAUGGGACCAGCAGAUUUACCUGCAACGGAAAGCAGAUUCUCCACUUCAUGGGUACCAGCACCUUUUCAGAAUACACUGUUGUUGCUGACAUCUCUGUUGCUAAAAUUGAAGACUCUGCUCCAUUGAACAAAGUCUGCUUGCUUGGCUGUGGUAUCUCAACUGGAUAUGGGGCUGCUAUUAACACUGCUAAGGUUGAACCUGGCUCCACAUGUGCAGUUUUUGGCUUGGGAGGAGUUGGUCUGGCAGUUAUCAUGGGCUGUAAAGUAGCUGGAGCCACUCGCAUCAUUGGAGUUGAUCUUAAUAAAGAGAAGUUUGGAAAGGCAAUGGAAUUUGGUGCUACUGAAUGCAUCAGUCCUCUAGACUACAGCAAGCCCAUUCAAGAAGUGCUGGUGGAAAUUACAGAUGGUGGAGUAGACUAUUCUUUUGAGUGCAUCGGAAAUGUUGGAGUUAUGAGAGCUGCUUUAGAAGCUUGCCAUAAAGGCUGGGGUACAAGUGUUGUAGUUGGUGUAGCAGCAUCUGGACAGGAAAUCUCAACGCGUCCAUUUCAGCUUGUCACAGGCCGAACUUGGAAAGGAACUGCAUUUGGAGGUUGGAAGAGUGUAGAAAGUGUUCCAAAGCUGGUCUCUGAAUACAUGUCCAAAAAAAUUAAAGUUGAUGAGUUUGUUACUCACACCUUAUCCUUCAGUUCCAUUAAUGAAGCCUUUGAGCUAAUGCACGCAGGGAAGAGUAUUCGAAGCGUUUUGAACUAUUAAAGAUUUUUCUUCAUAUCAACCUUUUCAGACUGAUGCAGCAACCUGUUUUACUAGUUCAUACAUAGAAUCAUUGCACAUUGCAUAAUAAAAAGUCAAAAAAAUCCGUACUAAUGAAUUUCUAAUAAAACCUAAAUUUGAGCA